AUGUCUACUCAAGAAAAGAAUUUAACUUCUGAUAUAGCACAUAUUAUUACUCUAACUCCCGAACAAAUUAAGCGUAUAGAAGAGAAUCGAUUGAAAGCUCUGGCACUAAGGGAAAAGCAGAAACAGAAAGAACUUAAUAAUUCAACCUCAAAAACCGAGCAAAAGGACAUUCAAGGAACCACCACAAAUAAUGGAGAUAAUACUGAAGAAAAAAAAUUACGCCCCAUGAAAAAAUUUCAAAAUUAUGCAGAAUAUGAUUUUUCAAAAAUGAAAGAUACUCGUGGAGGUUUUCUUUUGGAAGAAGAAAAUGCAAAUUCCAAAAAACGAAAGUGGGAACCUCCUGAACCUGAAAUUGAUGCUUUAGAACCAUCCAUAAGCAUUGAUCCAGCUGAAAAUCCAAAAUGUAAAGAAUGCAAUUCGUUAGAAUUAGAUAACCUUUUUCGUAAGACUUUUAAAGUCAACAUAUGUAAGAAAUGUAAGGGGGAAUAUCCGGAAAAAUAUAGUUUAAUAACCAAGACUGAGGCAAAGGAGGAUUAUCUAUUAACAGAUGCUGAAUUGAAAGAUGUUGAGAUUUUACCACAUUUAUCUAAACCAAAUCCACACAAGACAACCUGGAAUAAUAUGAUGCUGUUCCUCAGAGAACAGGUCGAGGAAUUCGCAUUCAAAAAAUGGGGAAGUGAGGAAGGGCUAGACCAAGAAUAUGAGAGGAGAGAAGAUCUUCGAAGACGCACUAGAACUGAAACUUUAGAGCAAAAUAGACGUAAGGUACAUAAGCACGAAUUUGGAGAGGUUGAAGAAGAUACGGAAACUGGAGUAACAACUCAAUGCUGUAAAACUUGUGGAUUGCGAAUUGAAGCAGCAGUUGCAGGGUUUCUAAUUAUUUUUUGUGUAGAAUUAUCAUCUUUUUCCAUGGCUCUUUUAUUGGAAUCCUCAAUAGCGCCAGUAGAAAUUAGAUAA